UCCUGCCUGUGUGAUGAACUGUGCUCAGUGUGCAGCAGCUCAUUCUUACUUGGAUGGUUCUUGCAGUUUUCUGUGGACAGCUGAUGCUCAUUUCCAAAACUCACUUUACAUCCAGCAGCAUUUUAUCAUACGCAGGAGGAUCUUCACCCAGCCAUGGUUCUAACGGGCUGUAAUCAGUGCAUUAAAUACAUGCUCUUCUUCUUCAAUUUCAUUUUUUGGCUCGCUGGGGGUGUUAUACUGGGAAUAGCUCUGUGGCUCCGACAUGACACUCAGACCAGUAACCUGCUCAUGCUUCAGUUUGAGGGAACCCAAGCUCCAGGAACUUUCUACAUCAGUGUGUAUGUCCUGAUAGCUGUUGGAGCAGUCAUGAUGUUUGUUGGAUUUCUCGGUUGUUACGGAGCCAUUCAAGAGUCUCAGUGCCUUCUUGGAACAUUCUUCACGUGUUUAGUGAUCUUGUUUGCCUGUGAGGUGGCCGCAGGAAUAUGGGGCUUUAUCAACAGAGAGACGAUCUCCACAGAGUUAAUCAGCUUUUAUGACGCUGCCUACAUGAAAGCUGUGGAUCCAGUGGAAACCCCCAGUAAACAAGCUGCUGCUAAAGUUCUGGGAGUCUUCCACGACACUCUGGAGUGUUGUGGUAAAGGAGAUGAUAAUCAGUUAUUCCUGGCGGUUCAGUCUUCUCUCUGUCCUGGAAGACCAAUAGACCCGCUCGUCUCUCAGAGUUGCCACAUGAAGCUGAGGGACCUUUUCACUGAGAAACUCCAUGUGAUUGGUCUGGCUGCCCUCAUCAUAGCAGUCAUUAUGGUUUUUGAGAUGAUCUUUACCAUGGUACUGUGCUGUGCGGUCCGUAAUGCUGCCCCAGCUUACUAAGAGGUAGACUGACCCUGCGUUAGUCCAGGAGUAUGCAACGUCCAGAAUUCCAGCCAGUGAUUCCACUUUAUUUUAAGUUUUUAAUUUUCUGUAUUCAGAAGUCUGUGAUUUUUUUUCUUGAUUUACACAUUGUGUCUGAUCAGGUUUUAUUUGUGUACUUCAUGUACUUUGCAUAUUCAGUCUUACACAAAGUUUGCGCACUCCUGAUCAACAUCUGUUUGCACAUUUUACAGCACUGUCUUUUCAGUUUCUGAAUUUAACAAACUGAAAAAUAUAAAACAGCAAGUCUAAUGUGAUUAUGACUUUUACAAAUUACACAAAUUUGUGCAGUGUUAACUUAAGCUACUCUUAACAGUAAUUAUGCUUUAGAAUGUGCUAAAGUGUAUCCUCUACAGAGGAUGUGAAUUUAUUCUAAUUUAUUUUCCCUUAGAAAAUAAACAGCAUGUACUUUGACCAGAGGGCACAAACGUUGCAUGAGACUAUAUACACACAGCAGCCUUACAGUUUCUUUUUUCUUUCUUUCUUUCUUUUUUACAUUUUUGUGACAUUGAUAUUUUUCAGAUUAUCAAACAAACUUUAAAAUCAGACAAAUAUAACCUGAGUAAAUAUAAGGGCAACUUGCUGUAAUAGAUGGAAGCAGGAAUUCUGCUGUUUAUCAGAAAAUCCUGAAGGAGAAUAUCCUCCAUCUGUUUCUUACUGACCUCAAGCUCAGGAGUACUUGGGUACUGCAGCAGGACAAUGACCCAAAUCACACAAACAAGUUCACCUCUGAAUGGAUAAAAAAACUAAAUAAAGGUUUUAGAGGGUCUAGUUAAAGUCUUUUUUAUAUUUACUUAAGUUAUAUUAGUCUGAUAUUAAAGUUAGUUUGAAAAUCGAAAAAAUAUCAGUAGACAAAAAAGCAAAAACAAAAUAAAUCUGUAGGGAUGCAAAUACUUUUUCAAACCACUGUAUGUAUAUUUUUUUCCCUAAUUAAAACCUGAUAUUCUCAUGCAGCCAUUCUGAUACAUGAUCAUAAUCCUCUGUAACGCUGCAGUGAGGAGAUAAAACCAUCACAUUAACGCAAUUUCAGUUCUUUCUGACUGCAGCUUUAUGGAGUUUUUCUUUAUAAAUAGACAUUAUUCACCAGUCUUGAUUUAUUUCAAAAUGUUGAGCUGGAUGCAUUUUUAGUUCGUUUGUUUUAUUUUAUAGUAGUGAAAAGGCAGUUAACACUAGUAUGAAGUAUUGUGACAGUGUUUUGUUUCUCUGUGGUUGUUGGUUAACUUUAUAAUAUAGUGUAUCAUUUUAAGCACUUAUGGAUAAUGUUCUUUUCUUUGCAGAAUUACAAUUUAAAUUAACUUCAUAUUGACAUUAAAACAUAUUUAACCGUAAUUUAUCUUCAUCUUUGUGUUUAAACAUGAAAUGUCCCAUUUGUGCAAGUUUUAUGGAUGUUCUCAGGGAGUGUGUGAAACGUUCACAUUUACCAUCCCCACAUCAUGCAAAUGCAGCGGUCCAAUUCAGAUUAAUUACUCAUUAAACUCAAUAUACAAGUCA